AUGACGUUAGGCUUCCACAUAAACAAGAAGCUUCUAGAAGAAGUGACGAUCAUCCCCUCAGAGAGACUUCGAAACAAGAUCAUAGGCUUCUCCACUCAUCCCAUGAAGUACAUUCAAAAAGGUGUUGUUCAUGGCAUCUCGCUCAAGCUACAGGAGGAGGAGCACGACCAACGCAUGGGCUUCGUCUCCAAGGUCUCCACCAUCAACAACGAUCACAUCGAUGUCGACAAGGAAACCCUCGAAAUGCUCCACUCCCUCGGAAUCAGUGACAUCCCUAACAUUGCCAAGCUUGAUCCUGUCAUUUUUCAACCCAGCUUCCUCUUCACUAGGAGAUAUUGA